AUGGAUUUCGUCCAGGUCCUAGAGAAGGCGCUUUUGGGCACAGAUGCGCAGGCGCGCGCUGAAGCCGAAACUCAACUGAAAGAUGCCGCCCGCGACCAUUUUGUGCCAUAUAUGGGGAUGCUGACCACGGUACUUGCCGACACUAAUAACCGCAUCGAUGUGCGCGUUUUGGCAGCAAUCGCGCUCAAAAACGAGCUCGUUGCGAAAGAUUUGCGGACCAAAGAAAGUAAAGCGCAGCGUUGGAUUGCUAUUGAUCAAGGUGACAAGGCGCAGAUCAAGCGAAGUGCUCUGGAGGCUCUGACAACGCCCUCAGAGCGGGUCGCAAGCGCGGCAGCCCAGCUUGUGGCUGCUAUUGCUGAUAUUGAGCUGCCCUUGGGCCAGUGGCAAGAGCUUCCUGGUCUGCUUGUUGAAAGCACGAAACCAGAGGUACCGGACAACGUCAAAAAGGCAAGUCUGAUAGCCAUCGGAUACAUUUGUGAAACCGCUGAUCCCAACAACCCGGCAGUUGUAUCCCAAAUGGAUGGUUUACUCACUGCUAUUAUUCAAGGCGCUCAGAAAUCUGAGCCUAAUGAAGUGGUGCGGUUUGCUGCCAUGGAGGCUUUGGUCAACUCGUUGGAUUUUGUGAAAAACAAUUUCGCCAACGAGUCUGAGCGUAACUUCAUCAUGCAGGUCAUCUGCGAAGCAACUGAGGCCUCGUCGCCUGAGUUGCAAUCUUGUGCUUUCAACGCUCUAAGCCGUACUAUGCUAUUGUACUAUGAGUAUAUGCGCCCCUACAUGGAGCAGGCGUUGUUCAGUUUGACGGUUGCUGGCAUGAACUCCAGUAAUGAUAUGGUCGCUUCUAUGGCUGUCGAGUUUUGGUCCACUGUAUGCGAAGAGGAAAUUGAGAUAAUGCUAACAGAAGCUGAAGCAGAGACUUCCCAGAUCGCCCUGCCUGCCAACGCACGUCAAAAUUUCCACUUUGUCAACACUGCUUUGGAUAAGAUUCUCCCUACUCUGCUCUCGCUCCUCACUAAAAAAGAUGAGGAUGCAGAUGACGAUGAGUGGAGUGUUGCGAUGGCGGCUGGUGCUUGUCUGACUCUGCUGGCCCAAAAUGUUCGCAACGCUGUUAUACCUGUGACGUUGCAGUUCGUCGAGGCAAAUCUCUCCUCGUCAAAUUGGGCUAACCGCGAUGCCGCAAUUAUGGCAUUUGGCUCUAUUUUGGAUGGUCCCGACCCUAAUAGCCUUCGUCAACUAAUUCAGCAGGCCCUACAGCCGUUGCUAUCACUUAUGAAUGAUCCGAGUACGCAUGUCAAAGAUACCGUUGCUUGGUGCCUUGGGCGCAUUGCCGAUUCAGUGGUCUCUGCAAUUGAUGUAGAAAAGGACCUUCCACCUAUGAUCCACGCGCUUUUGGCCGGUCUCCAAGACGCCCCUGGAGUCGCAACUAACUGUUGUUGGACAAUCAUGAACUUGUCCGAGCAGUUGUCGGUGACAGGUGAUCCCACUUCCCCUCUGGCUCAGUUUUAUCCUCAGCUUAUCACUUCUCUUUUGCAGUCGUCGGCUCGUUCUGACAACGAAAACAGCGCUCGAACAUCAGCAUACGAGGCUCUUAGCACCCUGGUGGUGUUCGCCACCGUUGACGUCGAAAAUUUAGUUCUUGAGCUUUCCGGCGCUGUGUUGGAACGCCUACACGCCACAUUUGCAAUGCAACACCAGAUCGUCAGCGGUGACGACAGAGCUAGUCUCGAAGAGCUUCAAGUUAAUUUGUUGGGGCUGUUGACCAAUAUCAUUCGCAGAGUCGGCAGUAAGGUACAGUCUGGUGCUGAUCAGCUCAUGACCAUGUUCCUUGAGCUUUUGCAAAACAAACUACCCAACAGUUUAGUCGAGGAAGACGUCUUUAUUGCUGUUGGUGCAGUUGCAGGCGCUAUUGGCCCAGCAUUCGAACCCUACGCAACGGCUUUUGUUGCAUUCAUCGUUAACGCGUUGAAGGAGCCAGACUUGCCAUCAUCCAGCACGGCCGUUGGGCUUAUUGCUGAUAUCUCUCAUGCCUUGGGUCCUGCAAUGUCGGGCUAUGUACCUAUGUUUAUGGCUGAGCUCCUCACAAUUCUUCAGAACAACGAUGUUCGCCGCGAGAUCAAGCCGGUUGUACUCUCUUGUAUCGGCGAUAUUGCAUCGAGUGUAGGUGGCGCUUCUUUCGAGCCCUAUCUUGUUCCUGUCCACCAAAUUCUCGUUCAGGGCGCCCGACUAGAGCUCACGGCUGAUAUGCCUACCGAUACUGUCGACUAUAUUUUGACCUUGCGCGAUGCCAUCCUUGACGCAUAUGUUGGUAUCACGGUAGGUAUGCGCGAGACACCGCACAAGAUCCAACCCAUAAUCCCUGAUAUUCUUCAGUUCCUGCAUCUUGUUUCUCAGGAGCCCGAGUUUAUCAUGUCCGAAUCGUCUGUUCGGUCGGCAGUUGGUCUAAUCGGUGACAUCGCAUCCAUGUACCCCAAUGGUGAAUUCCGUGAGAUGCUUCAACAGCAGUGGAUUUCAGACGUCAUCAAGAAAGCUCGUGAUAAGAGCUACGGCAAAACCACACGCGACAUGGCUAAAUGGGCUCGUGAGCAGCAGAAGCGUCAGCUCUAA